AAAAUAUGAGUGCAAUUUCCUGUCCCCUCAGCAGUGUUGGUUUCUCUUCUUGACUUGAUGCAGGCACAGAUUUAUCAAGCUCCUCGGUCAACAAACACAUCACCAGAAGAAACAUGGAAGGAAAGGAAUUUUAAAAGGAAAUACCAAUCUCCGUGAAAACAAAGCCUUGUAUAUUCAUGUUUGCACCAAUCUACUGAGAUUUAUGAAGAAAAACAAAUUGCGGACAACUCUCUAUGUACACUUACAAAUGCCUCAGUUGAUUCUUGUGGGCUGUUUGUCAGCGUUCUGUGAUAAUGAACACAUGGACUUCUAUUUAUUAAAUUCAGUUGACCCCUUUAGCCAAUUGCCAGGAGCCUGGAUUUUUACUUCCAACUGCUGAUAUCUGUAAAAAUUGAUCUACAUCCACCCUUUAAAAGCAUUGAUGAAUUAAUUAGAACUUUAGACACCAACAAAAAAUUGAAAAAGAAUUCUCAGUAAAAGAGAAUUCGAUGUUCAAAACAAACUACAACGAGACAUGACUUUUCUGUUUACUUUCUAAGAACUAAUAUAAUUGCUACCUUAAAAAGAAAAAAAUGAAUAGCACAUGUAUUGAAGAACAGCAUGACCUGGAUCACUAUUUGUUUCCCAUUGUUUACAUCUUUGUGAUUAUAGUCAGCAUUCCAGCCAAUAUUGGAUCUCUGUGUGUGUCUUUCCUGCAAGCAAAGAAGGAAAGUGAACUAGGAAUUUAUCUCUUCAGUUUGUCACUAUCAGAUUUACUCUAUGCAUUAACUCUCCCUUUAUGGAUUGAUUAUACUUGGAAUAAAGACAACUGGACUUUCUCUCCUGCCUUGUGCAAAGGGAGUGCUUUUCUCAUGUACAUGAAUUUUUACAGCAGCACAGCAUUCCUCACCUGCAUUGCUGUUGAUCGGUAUUUGGCUGUUGUCUACCCUUUGAAGUUUUUUUUCCUAAGGACAAGAAGAUUUGCACUCAUGGUCAGCCUGUCCAUCUGGAUAUUGGAAACCAUCUUCAAUGCUGUCAUGUUGUGGGAAGAUGAAACAGUUGUUGAAUAUUGCGAUGCCAAGAAGUCUAAUUUUACUUUAUGCUAUGACAAAUACCCUUUAGAGAAAUGGCAAAUCAACCUCAACUUGUUCAGGACGUGUACAGGCUAUGCAAUACCUUUGGUCACCAUCCUGAUCUGCAACCGGAAAGUCUACCAAGCUGUGCGGCACAAUAAAGCCACGGAAAACAAGGAAAAGAAGAGAAUCAUAAAACUACUUGUCAGCAUCACAGUUACUUUUGUCUUAUGCUUUACUCCCUUUCAUGUGAUGUUGCUGAUUCGCUGCAUUUUAGAGCAUGCUGUGAACUUCGAAGACCACAGCAAGUCUGGGAAGCGAACUUACACAAUGUAUAGAAUCACGGUUGCAUUAACAAGUUUAAAUUGUGUUGCUGAUCCAAUUCUGUACUGUUUUGUAACCGAAACAGGAAGAUAUGAUAUGUGGAAUAUAUUAAAAUUCUGCACUGGGAGGUGUAAUACAUCACAAAGACAAAGAAAACGCAUACUUUCUGUGUCUACAAAAGAUACUAUGGAAUUAGAGGUCCUUGAGUAGAACCAAGGAUGUUUUGAAGGGAAGGGAGGUUUAAGUUAUGCAUUAUUAUAUCAUCAAGAUUACAUUUUGAAAAGGAAAUCUAGCAUGUGAGGGGACUAAGUGUUCUCAGAGUGAUAUUUUAAUCCAGUCCAAUAAAAAUAUCUUAAAACCGCAUUGUACAGUUCCCUCCCUGAGUUUUAUUAAAUGAUGUAUAUUAAACAAAGAUCAAUAUUUUCUUAA